AUGUCGCACAGCUGCGGAUUCUGUGGCAAGAUGUUCCCUUCAAAGGGAAGCGUCAAAAAGCAUAUAUCUAUUCACCCUGAAUGUAAAGAAAAAUGGGAGUCAAUGGUGGAAGACACAGACAGCGAAGGUGGCCUACCAGACCUCUCAUUCAAUCAUUCAUCUCCGCUUCGCCGCUCACGCUCAACAUCUUUCGAUCCUCAUGACAACCCAGCAGCCUCAAAAACUCGGCGGGUGACUACGGAAGAUGUUGCCGAUGAAGACAAGGACAAUGUGAUAGUCGAUAACAGGCGAUAUUUUGAGCAGUGCCCUGAUGCCAGCUGGACAUUGCGGGAGGGGCAAACUAAGUUUGAAAAGUAUCAGCAGGAUAAGGAGGACGAGGGAGAAGAUGAAUGGGCACCUUUUUGUGAUAAGUAUGAGUCGCGACGGUUAACAUUUGUCACAAGGGAGGAAUGGGAACUUGCGGAAUGGCUUAUCAGAAGCCUUGGGCAGACCCGUACAGACGAGUUCCUGAAGUUACCAAUAAAAGUUGACAAGCUUCCACAUGGACCUGCGUGGAGUUGCAAGAAGGUCAGCAUUCAGGGAAACCAAACCGAUGAGAAUGGCUGGUUAUUGCACGAGGAUGUCGAGCUUUGGACACGGGACCCUGUAGAGUGCAUCAGAGAUCUCAUCGGUAAUCCUUUAUUUAAGGAACACAUGGUAUACACACCAGCACAAGCAUACAAGGACCACAAAGGACUUCACCGCGUCAUCGAUGACAUGUGGACGGCGGACUGGUGGUGCGACAAACAAAAACAACUGCCGAAAGGUGCAACUAUUGCACCUGUCAUUCUCACGUCAGACAAGACAUGUCUGUCGCAGUUCCGAGGUGACAAAUCUGCGUGGCCUGUGUAUCUCUUGAUAGGGAACAUCGCGAAAGAAAAACGAAGGGAGAGGACGAGACGGUGUUGA